GGUCCGGGUAUAGCUCAUCCCUAUGACAGUGGGCACAUAGCAAUGACUUACACUGGUCUGUCAUGUCUGGUUAUUCUUGGAGAUGACUUAAGUCGAGUAAAUAAAGAUGCCAUACUGGAGGGACUGAGAGCUCUGCAGCUGGAGGAUGGAAGUUUCUGUGCUGUGCUGGAAGGAAGUGAGAAUGAUAUGAGGUUUGUGUACUGUGCUUCCUGUAUCUGCUACAUGCUCGAUAACUGGUCAGGCAUGGAUAUGAAAAAAGCUAUAGACUACAUUAGAAGAAGCAUGUCUUAUGAUAAUGGCCUGGCACAGGGAGCUGGACUGGAAUCUCAUGGUGGCUCUACAUUUUGUGGUAUUGCAUCACUUUGUUUGAUGGGUAAACUGGAGGAAGUUUUUUCCGAAAAAGAACUGAACAGAAUAAGAAGAUGGUGUAUAAUGAGACAACAGAAUGGCUACCAUGGACGACCCAACAAGCCUGUAGACACUUGCUAUUCCUUUUGGGUGGGAGCAACAUUGAAGCUCUUGAACAUAUUCCAAUAUACAAAUUUUGAGAAAAACCGAAAUUACAUCCUGUCAACUCAAGAUCGCCUUGUUGGUGGAUUUGCCAAGUGGCCAGAUAGCCAUCCAGAUGCUUUACAUGCCUACUUUGGGAUCUGUGGUUUGUCGUUAAUUGGAGAACCUGGUAUUUGUGAAGUUCAUCCCGCCCUGAAUGUAAGCAUAAGAGCAUCAGAGCGCCUUCACUACCUGCAUCAGAUCUGGAACAAGGACUUUAAACAGUGUUCAGACCACACACACCUCUCUACAUGACUGAUUUAGACUUGAAUAUAGUUCUGGUAGCAUAAUUGUAGCCCAGGGUUAAAAGCCAUGUAUAACCAAUGUGCUCUUUUAAGUUCUGGAGUCAUACAAUCAGAUCUGUGUUGCCAGCAUCACUUUGAUAGGGAGUUGCCUUCAGCAGGUUAUGCUGCAUAGUGGAUAAAGGAGAUAUUUUGAUUAUGCAGGGAUUCGUCACUGCAAACUGUAAAUGGCUUUUCAAAUGGCUUUACUUCUAAGAAAUCCCUUGAGACUUUUGAACUUCAUUUUUAUUUUAUUUUUUUAAAUUUGUGCAUACUGUGUCAAAAUAUAUAAUAGAAAAGUAUUUUCAAAAUCUGUUUACAUACCAUACAGUAUAGCACAGAACCUUGGAGUUCUUUAUGAUCUUUCUGUUUGACAUAUUUUUGGGUGGAGAAUCUGCCAUAUUAAGUCUCAAGUUAAAAGUUAUCUUUCAUUGUUAGCUUUCUGAUUCCAUAAACUU